ACGGUGCUCCGACAUGUUUCAAUCUCGACACGAGUUUAGUGAGUUAUUUCCGAUUCGGAUCUGUUUGUGGCGUUUGUCAGCGGUUCAGUUUUCUGUUUCAGUAAACGGAGGCGUUUUAGCAAAGCUUUAAAGUGAUACUGAAGUGAAACGGUGAAGAUAAAUCAUCUUCUGGAUCGACGACAGACCUCUUGCAGUGACUUUUAAAAUAAUGCUCCUUAGUGCAGAGCUCUAGAAGCCCAUGAUGAGUCUACAAACCCUGUCACUGAGAGCACUGUUGUUCCUGGGGCUUUGGCACACAGGGAGGAGAAGUCUAGCCUCAGCCCCAGAGCUGCAGGACCAGCCCAAAAAGAUAGCUGUGGUCGGAGCAGGCAUUGGUGGCACAGCAGCAGCAUAUUACCUGAGGCAGGAGUUCGGGACCGGGGUGAAGAUCGAUGUGUUUGAAUCUGACAUUGUUGGUGGGCGACUAGCGACGGUGAAGAUCGGAGAUCAUGAGUAUGAGACGGGAGGCUCAGUGAUACAUCCUUUGAACCUACACAUGAAGCACUUCAUUGAAAAAUUAGGUAUUCCUCAGAGGAAAGAUGUCUCGUCUAAAGCUGCAAUCUUUGAUGGAAAGGAGCUCACAUUUGAAGAGAGCGACUGGUUUAUAGUUAAUGUCUUUCGCAUGCUCUGGCGAUACGGGUUCAACUUUCUUCGAAUGCAGAUGUGGGUGGAGAGUAUUUUGGACAAAUUUAUGAGGAUCUACCAGUACCAGCAGUAUGGUUACUCAUUCUCCAGUGUGAACAGGCUCUUGCAUGCCAUGGGUGGCGAUAGUUUUCUUACCCUGAUGAAUCAGACUCUGGAGGAAACCAUGAUAGGAGAAGGAUUUUCCCAGAUCUUCCUUAACGAUAUUGUUGCACCCAUCACUCGUGUCAACUAUGGUCAAAGUGUCCGCAUCCACAGCUUUGUGGGGGCUGUGUCAUUAGCAGGUGCAGAUUCAGGUCAGUGGGCAGUGGAUGGAGGCAAUAAGAGAGUUUGCUCAGGACUGCUGUACCACAGUAAAAGUGAGCUCAUCCCUGCCAGAGUGACUUCCAUUGCAGUCAAGGUUCGACCUUCCAAGACAGGCACCACAGCCAGUUUCUAUGAGGUCAGUUACGUUGGGGAAUCGGGCUCAGCUCACUCUCUGUACGACAUUGUGGUAAUAGCAACGCCACUUCACCAGGGAAAGUCUGACAUCACCUUCUCAGGCUUCUCCCCUCCAAUCCCGUCUCACUAUCCUGGGCGCUACCACCAGACAGUGUCAACUCUGGUCCACGGCUUGCUUAACGUGUCCUACCUCGGGACCACACAGCCAGCCUCAGAGUUCACUGUGUCUGAUGUCUUCACCACUGACUCGAAGGGCUCCAUCAUCAACAGCCUGAGCUCCCUCGACCCCGUGCACAUCCCUGAGGGUUACAAACAACCGCCCGCCAGCCACACCAAAGUGUGGAAGGUGUUCUCUCCAGAGCCGCUGUCUCAAGAGCAGCUGCAGAACAUGUUCCUCUCUUGGGAUUCGGUGUCCGAGACUCGGUGGCUGGCUUAUCCUGAUUACCGCUCACCGAAUCGUAAGACCCCUCCCUUCAUCCUGCAUAACCGUCUGUACUACCUCAAUGCUUUGGAGUGGGCAGCUAGCUGCAUGGAGAUAAGCGCAAUCUCUGCCAGGAACGUGGCCCUGCUGGCACACCAUCACUGGCACGGACAGGCCGGCAAGAUCGACCAGGAGGACCUGCACACUCGACUGAGAGGGGAACUCUGAAAAGUGAGAAACUUGAGAUGAGAACCAAGAGCUAUAAAAUACUAUCAGUCAAAUACAGUGUAUACCCACACAGAUGCUCAUGAGCAUGCCUGCUGCACUAUAAUAACUCUCCAGUCAGGGAAAAUCCCAACAACUCUGGGCUUAUUUUUGCAGUUUUUGCCAUCAUUUCUAUUGGUCCGAUAACAAUGUACCCUCCAAAGUAAUUGCUAUGAUCUUGGAACACCAUGACAUUAGAGCUGCAACAUUAGUCGAAUAAAUGAUUAGUCAAUCGAAAGAAAAUUAACCCAGAACUAUUUUGAUAACUGACUAAUCAUUUCAGUUUACAAGGGGAGAGAGAGAGAGAGAGAGAGAGUGCACAUCUCUCUCUCUCUU